AUGUCCUAUUCAGCCAACAAGCGGCAGCGAUCCAACACCUCCAGAGAAGUCACCAACGGCUCCCCCCAGACGCCAGCUCCUGCCCUCCGGCAAAUACAACACCCUCCACCCGCAGGCGGCGGUGGCGGUGGAGGAGUCGUUGCUCCCGGCUCACAAGCGAUCGGAGCGAACCGAGCAGUCUAUGUUCACUCUCCGGGCCCCGCGUCUCCCGGUCUUGGUCUCGGCAAUGGCACCUACGAAGUCCAGAACCCGAAUCGGCAGGCCGUCAACUACGGUCAAUACACUGGCGGCCCCGUGAACGGCCAGGUCGCCAAUGGCUUCGAUGCCACUGCGUACCACACCCCUCCAAAUGGCUUCGCCCAGGCCUACGGGUCGCCCCAACAGGCCAACACUUUCGCUGCCGCUCACUAUGCGCAAAGUUUUACGGGCGGGCAUCCCGCAAAUAUCGCGCCAGGCCAUUAUGGUCAUCCCCAAACCGGCGGUGUCCAGGACGGCAGCUAUGCCCAGGUCCGGGCCGUUGCAUCGUCAGAGAGCAUGCCGUCGUAUCCUCCGACGCCUCCCAUCAAUAGUCAGCAUGCUUCAGACCCAACGCUGCAGAGCAAUGCUGUCCUCAGCCAACAGGCCCUCUCGCAAUACGCCGAAACUUUUGCAACACAGCCGUCACCGCACACCUCAAUACCGUACCGGGGCAGCACUGCAUCCUAUCCUGACGUCUCACUUAACACGCCGUACAGCUCAAUCGUACAGGACCCGAGCCCAAAUGGUAGUACCCAUCAGCCCGACGACCUCCACGACGACGAUAGCGAAGAUGCACAGGGCGAAAUUGCCGAUGACGCCACAAUGGUCAGCAGAUCCGACAAGGACCUUCUACUCUACAUGUCAUAUCCAGGCGACGCGUCACAACUAUACACACAUCCCGAGGUCACCGAUGCACCUUCCCCCGACAUGUCGAAACCACCCGAUACCAAAUGCGCAUGCAAGAAGGCACGCGGCAAGAAGAAAGGCUGUCUCUCAUGCGAAUGUUCAAAAUACGGCCGUGGCUGCAGUGCGGAAUGCGGCUGCGGAGCUGCUUGUGGCAAUCCUUUCGCCGACUUGACCACGUUUUUCGGCCCCAGCACGAUGUUCUCGAAGCCUUGUGGUGCAAACCCUUGCUUCGCGACUUGGCUGGCAAAUCAACCCAACAUCGAAGAGCUCGAUGUUGAUCUCAUGGUCGAUAUGAUGCUUUACGAUGACAGUUCGUGGGCCGACAUACGCACUGCCUCGCCCGAAUUCGCCGUGUGGCAGGAAACGUGGACCAAGGCUCGCAACGGCAAGAGCAAAAAGCAGCGCGAUGAAAAGGAGCGGCUGGAGUUUGAGCUCUUGAGAGGAGGGCUAGGGAACUGCAACCAGAAUGACUUCCACGGAUAUUGGUACAGCUUUUGCGAGCGCAAGUGGCUUCCGACGGACAGCUGGUAUCACUGUCAAGAGUGCAGACAAUGCAAGCCUAGCGACGAAUGGCAUUGCGAGAAACACGAACAAUGUACGACCAACAAGAUCUGCCUGGGCUGCCACGACAAUGCGGCCGCGCAGUAUCAGGAUAUGAUGGGGAACUACUAA